AUGAGAAACUUAAACAUAGAAAUAGGACAAAAAAUAGGACAGGAAAUAACAGAGCAUUGCCCAUUCAUAAAGCCUUGCUUUCAUAAGCUAGCUAAUGGCGAUUUUUGUGUAUUCAAUGGCUAUGCAAAUGAGGAUAUACAUUAAAAUGGCAAAAUGGGGUGGCGAACUAAUCCACGCUCUUAAUACUUGAGCUGGGGUCACCCAGGGACCUUAGAGAAGGAGGAUAGCGUUCGGCAAUGUCCAUCCACCAGGUUUUACUUGGUUUGGUGGAAAGCAAUGUCUGAUUAGGCCGAUUAAAGCUCACAUCCAGGCCUCGGAGAAAGAUUGGACUAGGAGUUGUGAAGGGAUCUCCCAGCAACACCAGUGAUGUUACUCCUGGCCAAUUGGGAACGAUUUCAAGCGCGAUAUCAGGCGCUGCGUCCUAAACUAUGAAUUUUCAUCUUGGCUGACAGGCGACCAGAAAAUUCAUUUUUUGAAUUUUCUCAAAGCCGAACCCCGCUGGCAGCCUUUAACUCACUCUUAGUGAAUGCAAGCCUUCGCCCGUGAGGAGAAACACCAUGAGAGGCCGUGCCCUAUUAGCAAGCAGUGGAGCGUUACGGAGGCAAAUAUGGUCAACUUGAUAGGCCAACAGAGAGCUUCUCUUAUAAUCUUAGUUAAUUUUAAGACUAUGUAAAUGGGUAUAAAAAGGUCCACAAAGAUUUUGCUGAUAAAAGUGGGUGACAUUUUUUAAGGAGAAAUGUCAUAGUCUGAAAUGACUGCAUAAAGCUUCGCUAUGGAUAUAAAAAAGAAGACUGCCCAGUGGUCUGAGAUUUCAUGGAAAAAUACAUCACAACCAUGGCAAAGCUUUUUAAAGGCUUUAGGCUAGACAACGCUCAUAGCACUCCUAUUCACGUUUCUGAAUAUUUAUUGGCUAAAGCUAGAGAAGUCAACCCAAACAUUCUAAUCACAGCUGAGCUUUUUACAGAAGACAUCAAUACAGAUGCAAAAUAUGUCAAACAUCUUGGGCUUAAUUUAUUGAUCAGAGAAGCCAUCCAUUGCCCAGACUUGAAUUCAAUGGGAAACUCUAUUUUCCAACAUAGCAGUGGCGAAAUUUUAAGCAUAAAUACUCCUGAAAGAACUAACUAUGAAGACAGCCUAACUUUUAUGGGAUUUUCAUCAGAAAUUCAACGCUGAGAAUCUGUCCCUAUCCCUGCUUUAUUUUAUGAUUGCACCCAUGAUAAUGAUCCUCCUGCCAGAAAAAGAACUCCCCAGGAUGCCUUGCCUCAUGCAUUUUUAACAGCAUUUACCAAUUGUGCUAUUUCUUCAACCCGUGGAUAUGAUGAAUUUAUACCUAAAAACCUUUCUGUUGUAAGCGAAAAGCGACUGUACUCCCCUCCUGACUAUUCUUCUCAAGCAAUUCCUGAGGUGACAGCAAUAGAUUUUAUUGAGGACCCUAUUAGGGUUUAUGUAGAGUUCUCAAUUGGAGGAAGAUACAAAGAAGUCUCUGUGUAUGGAGAAUGGGAUAAUUGAGUGAAAAAAAUAAAUUUAAUGCCUAUAGACAAAUAUAAAUGAGGGGUAAAACUACUGUUUCCAAAGGACUAUGACGGCAAAGAAUUAGCCUAUAAGUACAUGGCUGAUAAAAAAUGAGCUUUUGAUCAGAGGUUAAAAACAAUUGGAAAAGGAACAAAAAUAAAUAAUUUACUUUCAGUCAGCACAAAUAUUCAAGCUUUUCCAGGGAUCUAUGAAAAUUUAUAUUGCGCACGUAAAUUUAUCAAUUUUUUGCAUCGAAAGAUGGCAGAAAAGAAAUUUGAUAGAAUUGGUGUGAAUCAGUGUAGUGAAGAUGUAAUGAUGGUAGUGAGAAAAAAUAUAGAAAAUGGAGAAAGCUAUGUGCUAAUUGCGAGAUCAGCUUUUAAACAGAAAGCAAAUAAAGUUAAUGUAAAAGGAAUUAGGCUGCCAGGGCAAAUUGUAGCAGCUGAAUUUAUAGGAAUCUUAAACAUGAGAAAGACAAGAUUUGAAGAGGAUAAAAAAUUUAUUAACGGUCUCAAUGGAGCUUUAGAUAUUUUCACAAAUUUUGAUAAGUUUUGCAGGGUAUUAAAGGAUUCAGCUGAAAAUGUUGAUGUGAUAGACUUAAUGGGUAUUCCACAAACAUUUGUGCUGGUUUUAAAAUUAAAGGGUUAA